CACCAGCGCCACCACCGCCGUCAACCAACUUCAAACCAUCACCGAAAAUGUCUACGUCAUGAUUUUGGUCCGAGAGAGUUAGAUGAGAGAAAGGAUGUGUUGAUAGUGAUGGACGCCACAAAAGAAUUUUCAGUUGAAACACUUAAAUGGGUACUUGAGAACAUUGAACUAGAUAGCAGCUGCACUAUUACUCUUUUAGGGAUCAAGCCAUGGUUAACCUUUGUGUUUUCAUGCAAAACUGAGACGGACAUAUGGAAGAUGAGCAUGGAAGACUUGUUGAACAUGAGAGAUACCGAUGAAUGGAGGAAUGAUAUACGGUACCAAAAGGCUCAAGAGCUAGUUAAUCUUUGCUUGAAAUACAAGGUCACACCUCACAUAGAGAGUGGGCAAGGGUUUCCUAAACAUUUACUUGUUCUAGAAAGAAUUGCAAGCGCCUAUGCGACAUGGGUCGUUUUUGACAGGCAUCACAACAAGAAAGACAUAGAAUGUAUUGCCAAAAAAGUCCCUUGCAACGUUCUUGCGAUGAACAAUAAUGGGGAGGCCGAAUUGAUCGACGGCUAUUCAACUUUUGAAAGCAAUGAUGAAAGCCCAAUGAUAUUCACAACUUCCACCAUACCCACACCGCAGUUGAUGCUUUCUGACGAAUACAAGCGGAAGCUCAGGGUCACUAGUACCUAAGCAAUGUGUUACAUACUUGUAUUAUGAUCUUAUACAAAUCUACAAUAAGGGUCAUUUAGGUCCAUUCGGUUCACAAAUUUCACAAUAGCAAGGAAAUAGACAAGGAAGGAGAAACUAUCAGACAUCAGCUAAAAUUUCUUGAGUUGUUGUAAGAUAUUGUGGGUAUUGUUAUGGGUGUGUGUAUAUAUAUGUAUCCUAAAUGUUGAAGUGUGUACUUUAUUGUAAUAAAUAAAGUGGUUAUUUGCAACAACCUAUUUACACCAAUGAAAAGCAUCACUCUUAUUCAAA